GUUGUAGCACUUAUAUAUAUCAGCCCCCUUUAAUCUGCAUGCAUCAAAGACAUGCAAAUAUCUUAAACUCUUCAAACAGGGUUAGCCCUUCAAACCAUCCUCCAUCUCGUCGAUUACUUAAUAAGUCCAGGAAAUGGCUGGAGAGCAGCUAAAACCAGUUGCAGGACUUCUUCUGUUCCUCAACUUUUGCAUGUAUGCUAUAGUUUUGGGUAUUGGUGGCUGGGCAAUGAACAGAGCUAUUGAUCAUGGUUUUAUCAUUGGUCCAGGAUUGGAUCUGCCCGCACAUUUCUCGCCUAUAUACUUCCCUAUGGGGAACGCGGCAACUGGAUUCUUUGUGUUAUUUGCUUUGAUUGCCGGAGUGGUUGGAGCCGCCUCAGCCAUUUCUGGAGUAAACAAUCUUCGUUUCUGGGACGAGGAUAGCAUGUCUGCUGCUGCCUCUGCUGGCACUAUUGCCUGGACUCUUACACUUCUUGCCAUGGGCUUCGCAUGCAAAGAGAUUGAUCUAUAUGUCAGAAACGUCCGUCUGAGGACAAUGGAGGCUUUCAUCAUUAUCCUGUCUGCUACCCAAUUCUUUUACAUUGCUGCUAUCCAUGGAGCUGCGAGGAGAAGAGCUUGAGGAUCCUCAACUUGCCUUAUCUGAUGUUAUAUGUGUGUGCAUCUGUGUGUGAUUUAUGUCUGAUUUAUUCUUUAGGAGUUUUUACGCUUCUACCAAUUUUUUUGUUCAUUUAUGUUUUCCAAAGUGCGCAAUGGCGCAGAGGAUUCAUGUAUUCAG